GGUAGCUAUAUAUUGUGGUGCCAGUGUUGAUUGAGCUAUAGAUGACAGGAUACCCGUUAAGACUAUUCAUCAUUAGCCAUCUUUGUGUCGUUUUCACAGAACUUUACAUAGGAGCUGGUAAUAUUUUAUUAUCAGACAAGCACUACAGGGGAAUUUUCUGUUGUCAACAAUUGGCCAUCCAUGACUGCUUUACGGUUACACUUCUGAGUGGCAAACUUUUCGUCACACACACCUUCGACUGAUUGACGUAUUUAACUGGUGUUAUAACUGGUAAACAGGAUACGUAUCUAGAUGACUCACAUCUCCUGGAUACUAUAACUGACCAAGUCGAAAGUAAUCAUAAUUCAGUAAGCUUCAGCAAAGCAGCCUGGCAUGAAUUCUACAGUCUCCGGGUUAGAAUCCCACAGAUCCAGUCCUGUAGUGUCAGGACGUUCGGUUAGGGGAGACCCCACUACAUACAAUGAUGGGUUUUGGGAACCUCCGGCUGACUAUCAUCACCACACAGGGACCAGGAGGGACGAGGAUCAACUCACUAUACAGACGGACACGUCCAUUGAUUCCAAUAAAUACAAGUCAUUUAGCAAGUUGAUAGCACGGUUCGCAGAAAAAACGUCCAUGCAAGGCGUCCCCUACAUCAACAGUGCCCGACUGUGGUAUGCCAAAUUGAUCUGGACUUGUCUACUAGUGAUUGCUAUUGGUUGGAUGUGCUUCCAUCUUUACUAUCUCAUCACACAGUUCCUUCUGUGGCCCAUACAAACAAAAAUUAAACUAAGUUUUAGCAAUUUAGAAAUGCCGGCAGUGACUAUUUGUAACGUGAAUCCAAUUAGAAUUUCUACUAUCGACAGAGCUUCCAAGCCGUUACAGGACCUCGUUAAAUACGUCGACCCAAGCAGUUUUUUAGACAGUAGCGAAGACGAAGAGGAGGACGAAGAUGAUGAACAACCGACCACUGCUGGUGACGUCCCUAGACCCAAUGAAUCUGUCACAGUAACCCAACCCAGUAACAGUACAGGAGAUACCGGAACUGUUAAUGUUACUAAUAGACCCAAUACCAAUGUUACCGGAAGUGAUAUCACCGACUCAAACGUUAAAGUAACUGGAUCUGCUCGACAUCGAAAUGCGACAAAUGGGUCAGGUAAUAGGAAUACGGAUGAGAUUGGUAGAGGCACUCGUCGUACAACGACAGAACCCCCUCAAACCUUGAGGACAGGUGAUACAGAACCACUCUCUCAGAACAGAAGGAAACGUUUUGUGGACGACUUCGACAAUGCUAAGAUAGACGAAUAUUUAGAGUAUGACGAGGACGAAUACAAGGAGAAAAAUGAGCCACCGCGGCCGCCAAGGGACCCGGUAGCUAAUCUAGAGGAUACAUUCCGUGACUUGUACUUCAGAGAAAGGAGGAAAACCCGGGUAGAAAUGGGUCACCACAUGAAAGACAUGUUAAUCAGCUGUUCCUUUGACGGAUACGAAUGCUUCCCACAAAACUUCACUCUGUAUCAGACUGCGGAGUUCGGUAAUUGCUUCACAAUCCAGUCUUCGACAUUCACAUCCAAAUCUCCAGGACCAAAACACGGGUUGUCUUUGAUACUAUUUAUGGAAAACUAUGAAUAUGUUCCCGGGUUGACUCAAGGUUAUGGUGCACGCGUCACUAUAAAUGACCAGUCUUCCUUUCCCUUUCCAGCAGAUGAAGGGUUCUUCGUUUCCUCUGCGUUUGAAACACACAUUGGAUUAAAACAGAUAAACAUCGAAAGGCUAGGAGAACCUUACGGCCAAUGUAACGAUGGAGUAGAGUUUGAAAAACUUUAUGGAACCAAAUAUUCAAGACAGACGUGUCAGGACGUCUGUCAUGGAAAAACUAUAAUUGACCAAUGUGGAUGUCAUGACAAGUUUGGUGUGGAAGUGUUAUCCCAAUCCUCCUUGCUGGACAAUAUUACACCCUGCAAAUCUCGUGAAGAAUUACUUUGUCAAUUUGAAAUCAAUAAAGAACUUGAGGACAAAACUAGGAAAUGUGAAUGUGCAAACCCAUGCGUGGAGAAACAAUGGCUAAGGUCUACUAGUACUCGACAAUGGCCCACGGAGUCUUACACGACGACGCUGUUGCGAGGUUUGUGUCAGAGACGACCGAAACAAUGUACCAGUAUUAUAUCUAAAGCAGACGAUCGCAAGAUCAGUUUGAACUUCAUGAAAAUAGUAGUUUAUUACCAGGAUCUGAACCACGAGGAAAUCAACGAGGAUCCAGAAAUUGAGACUGCUCAGUUCGCGUCGGACGUGGGAGGUGCUAUUGGCCUUUGGAUAGGACUUUCUAUUCUCAGUAUGUUCGAGGUGGUCCAGCUGGUUGUGGAGUUGUGUCGGUAUGGAUUAUACAAGUGUCAUCAUCUUGAAAAUGUGGACAGUAACCCGGAACUUCCUUCAUUGGAAAGGAAACCCCAUGGACACGAGCCUGGUGCGCUGAACUUUAACCAGCCACAAUUUGCCAAAGAUCAUUUAUAUAAUGGAAGAUUUGCAACAGCAAGGUAUCAGUACUGAUGUGUUUCUAGAAGUGCAAUCCAGGAAACGGUGGCCGGAGUAAUCACGAGCGAGGGGAAUUCACAGUUUUGUUUAGUAAUCAAUAUAACUAUUGAUAUUUUUUUAAAAUAUCCUUAUAUCCGAACAGGUCGAUAGAAUUGGUUUCCCUUGUAGCUGCAAAGUAUUAAGAAACCUUCAAGCUUCACUUAUUUUUAUUUAUUUAUAUGUACUAGGUAUUUGGAACCGUAGGACGUUCUACAUAUGCUAAGUAUUUGGAACUGUGGGUCUUUAUACACUUGUUAAAUUGUUGCUUAAUUGUGUAAUAAACUUCUCAUGGGAAGAAGUA